GUCCAAACUCCACUAGUUCCAGGGAAUCUGGAACAAGGGAUCCGAUUGCUCUCUAGGAUCAUCCGAAUAACAUCUCCUCGUCGUCUCCCUCUUGAACUUUGCCCUUUCCCUUCACCUUUUUGGCUUCAGAUUCGUCGCCGGAGUCCCGACCUCUCUUAGAAGUGAUCACCAACUCGUGCACGGCCACCAGCUAAUGCACGGUUACCGAGCGCCACCACCACCAUCUUCAAAAAUUCACAACUUCAUCAAUUUUCUACUAAAUUGCUUCAAACAUGGAUCAAAUGGAAGCCGCGAUCGCGGAGCUUCGUAUCAGCGAUGUCAAGAACAUCACAAAGGUUGCUAGGGAACACGGGAUUAACCGGAGUACCCUCUCUCGCCACUACCAUGGAAAGACAGUAUCUCGAUCGGAUGCGCACGAAAAUCAACGAAACCUCAACGCUGCGCAAUCGGCUGCGCUUCUUGGCUAUAUUGAAAGCCUCACAGAGAGAGGAUUGCCUCCUACCAUCGAAAUGCUAAGGAAUAUAGCUGCCGAGAUUAUAGGCUAUGUACCAGGCAAGAAUUGGGCCACCAGGUGGAUUUCUACGCACAGUACAGUUGUAAUGGAAGAGUGCACGGCAGGGGGCUCGUAGAUGGAAUUGACGAUUUCGUGUAUUGAGAGACGAAUCCUUAAGGAAUCGUGAUGCGUGGCCUAGGGCUGUAUAUACCCCGGCCUAAGCGAGCACGUGACUCGCAGAGGUCUCACAGGCUAUACGCCUGCGCAGGCGGCUGCAUGAUUUGGAGAGGAUGUAUCUGCAUCCUG